GUAUUACUGUUUAUACUUUAUACUUCAUAUCGUAGAAUACAUAAAUACGCUGAGAGUCAAGAGCAUAAUAAAUAAUAUAUAAUACAAUCAUCUGAUAAAAAAGUCUACUAAAAUUUCUCUCCCAAAUCCCCACCAUUAAUUUUAGUAGAACUCUUUCAUUGCCGUAGGAUGAUUUUUUUUUCUUAAUUGUUUUCCCGCAAAUUUAUGUGUAAAAUUGUCCCAACAAAAUCGUGUACUUCGGGUAGUUUUGGUUUUUACUCCCACUCUGGGUCUUCUAUGUACUAAAUAUUCUCCCACUUUUCCCUGCGCAUGUGCAGUUUAGAAACAACCAGUACUGGGAGAGAUUUCCGAUGUUCAUUGUUCAUUUUUUCUCUGGCACAAGUUUAUUUACGUAAUUCACUUUCGACUUUUUAAUCUGCUGUUUUUAUUUUAACAAUUGAAUUAAAAACUAAUUUGGGGUCAUUGUUGUAAUUGUCGGCAAUUGUUCGCUUAGUUUCUUUACAAUAUAAAUCAUUCAUAUUUUUAUAAAAAUGAGCGAUGAAAAAAAUACAAACCUUACAAAAUUUUGUGAUGAUGGAUUACAAAAUGGUGGUAUUCAAAACUACAAGGCAUUUAUUUAUGACGUAACACUAAAAAUUUUAUUUGAUGGCGAAUCAGUUAAAAGUUUUUUCGACGUCAAUGAAGCGUCAAUGGCUACCAUUAUCGGACAAAUAAUUCAUAAAUAUAAGAAAUGGGGUAUAGCGAGUGAAAUAAUAAUGAUUGAUCUAAUAAAACGGGCUGAAAAAUUGCGACCUAAUCGAGAAUCUUUUCCAAAUAAACCACCACCACCACUGAAAUGGGAGACUAUUCUUCAUGCUAAAGGAUAUUACUGCGGAAAAGAAGUCAUUGGAGAACUUCCUAUUGUUUAUGACUGUCUCUCAUACAUGGGAUUGAUGGAACCACUAAAAUCUUCGUUGAUACCAGAGCCGAAACACUAUUCGAUGGUAUUGAAUUACUCGGCAACAUUUUUUUUAAGUCCCGCAUUGCAAGUCGCCAAACCUUAUUAUCAAGCCCGCGGAUUCAUUUAUCAAAAUGCACCAACAUCAAAUAUUGACUUUCGUAAAUUUUGCAAUGUUAUUGAUUAUGAAAAUCCUUAUAAUAAUAAUAAAAUAUGGGAAGCAUCAUUGAAACAAAUUUUAAUUUUAAAAAAUCUCAAAUAUGGACCUCAGCUUUAAUAACUCUUUUUUUUUACGUCAUUUAUGUUUGUAGUUAAUUACUAUUUAAUAUAGAGUUUGCAUACACAGAAAAAAAAAGAUUUCUUGGCACAAUAAUUAUUGUGUAUAACAGACAUUUUGUUAGAACUAAAAAAAGUCUAAGUCUUGACGCAGAAAAGUUUUCUUUUCAAUUCAUAAUACCAAAUAUUUUUUUGGACGAGUAAAAAUUUUUGCACCAAAAAAUUCUUUUUUUUUCUGUGACAAAAAUAUUUUUUAAUGAAACUUUAAAUUCGAAAUUUAAAGACCAAAAAAAUUAUAUAAAAUAAAAUUUUACUAAAAGUAAAUAUUUUCAACAUAAAAAUAUUUAAAAAUAUAAUAGUACAUUUUGAUGACUAGAAACCAAAGUAGUCUAAUAUUAAAGUACACAGAAAAAAAGGAUUUCUUGGUGCAAGAAAUAUUUGCAUUAUAAAACAAAGACAAACUUUUCUUAGGACAAGAAAAUUAUCGUUUUCAGUUAAUGCAAAAAAUUUCUUAAGUAUAAAUUUUCUUGAUGUGAAUAACGAUUUCUUUUGCCAAAAAAUCCUUUUUUUCUGUAUAUUGUGUCUCUGGACUGAUACUUUAUUAUUUAAAAAUUUUCUUCUGCGGCAAAAGUAGAGCAUUAUAAAUUAAUAAUUUUUAUAGUCUAUUGUUAUUAUAAUUAUUUAGAGACUAUUCGAAAGCAGUCUCCUCUGAUUACAUUCUGAAAAUAAAAAAAAAACAUUAAAACCUCUAAUCUAUAUUAUAAAAAAU